AUGGCCAUCACUAACACUGUGAGAAUAAAUGAUACGAAGAAGAAUGUUGAGAUGAAGCGCCUCAAGGAACUAGUCUCUUCGCUGGAAGGAAGGUUGGAGGCACUGGCGCGACAGAAGCAAAACAAGCUUGAUGAGGUUGGAAAACUUGUGUGGGAGCGCGAUUCUCUUCGCCACACGGUGGGCUCUACAGAGGGUUUCUCCUCCACAAAGGAUAAACUAGAGGUGGCACUCAAUAAUAUUCGCCUAGGCAACAUUGCCCUGCGAAGGCGAGUGGAGGCAGCAUCAGAGGGCUUUAUUUCAUCCCUUGACAACAAAUCCUCAUCGCAGUUCUUUAAGGGUAAGUGCGAUAUAUCACUCGAAAGUGUGUUGCAUGGACACCGACGCUCAUUUUUCAUUGGUCUGCUAUCGGAGACUGGUGUGCUGACAGAAGCAAAGUUGCAGAUUCAGCUCUUCCCUUGUGAACCACAGGCCGUUCACGAAGACAAUCCAAUGGCUUUGGUGGGCGGGAAAUUACGAUUCUGUCUCCAUGUUGUAGGUGCAACUGGCAUUCCAAGGAGCUGCUGUGCGCAUGCAUUUUGCAAAUUCACUCUUCUAUGUGAUCGUGAAGAGCGUUACUUUACCUCAUCGACAUCAGAGAACACUCCAAAUCCUCACUGGGGUUUUGCGAAGCUUUUUGAAAUACCCAAACUCAAAACGGAUGCCAUCCAAUAUUUGUGCGAGCGGCCUCUGUUUACUUUCGAGGUGUUCGCUUUUAGUGCAUGA